CAGAUGGUGUGCUCCUCGGCCGGAGUGAUCGACACUCCGCCUCAGCCAAUCGCAUUGCUUGGAAUCAGCUGACUAGUCUGGACAGCGCCAGGUGUUGUUAUCAUUUUCCAAGGGAGGAGGCGUCUGAGGGGAGAGUAAUAUCCAGCAAGCCACUGAACAGACUGCAGGUGCUUUUUGGUGGGGGGGAUACGUCCGCCGACAGCAUCGCAGGCGAUACUUCACUCAAAUAAGCCUUGUUGCUGGGAUGUGCAUCUGGUUGGAAUAAGAGUUGCGCGAUCGCUUCUAACAGCGACUGACUGACCCCGAUGGAGAAACGGAAUACAUAUGUUGUAGGGAGAUACAGAUGAAGCCCAAUUUGUUGUACGUAUACGUUUAAAGAAAAAACAAUCCCUCACGUCGAUUGGCCAUGUGCUGGCGCGCGGCUUAGGCGCAUCGUUUGGACAUCUGGAGCCAGAAGAAGUAGAGCUGCGAUCACAAAACCAGUCAGGGAUGACAACAAGGUUGGACCUACUGCUCCAGGAUUUUACUGAUCCCAUCCAGACUGGGACACAACAACAACGACCCAUUAUUGGAAUGUCUGGUUGAUGACCUUAACCAACAAUCUGUCUACAAUCCUCUCCUCACCUGCCUCCGGUCCACCCUGUGUGGGUCUUGGGGAAUUGAACACCGAUUCACAGCAUGGCUGGACCGAGAUUUAAUUACUGCCUGCUAUGCCAGCUGUUUGUUGGCUUGGUGCUGGUCUCUGCCGGACUAUCUAUGGUACAGAGCAACGAGUGUCCCCAGCUGUGUGUAUGUGAGGUCCGACCCUGGUUUACUCCACAGUCCACCUACAGAGAGGCCAUCACCGUGGACUGCAAUGACCUGCGUCUCACUCGCAUCCCGGGGAACCUGUCUAGCGACACGCAGGUGCUGCUGCUCCAGAGUAACUACAUCGCCAGGUCCAGUGAGGAGCUGGAACAGCUCUUCAACCUGACCGAGCUCGACCUGUCCCAGAACAACCUCAGCAGGAUCCGGGACGUGGGCCUGACCAACAUGUCCCAGCUCACCACUCUUCAUCUGGAGGAGAACCAGAUCACGGAAAUGCCAGAUUACUGCCUGCAGGAUCUCGGCAACCUGCAGGAGCUUUAUAUCAACCACAAUCAGAUCAACACAAUCUCUGCCUACGCCUUUUCUGGGCUCCAUAACCUACUCAGGCUCCACCUCAACUCCAACAAGCUGAAGGCUAUCGAUAGCCAAUGGUUUGACUCAACAGCCAACCUUGAGAUCCUUAUGAUAGGGGAAAACCCAGUUCUUGGGAUAAUGGACUUUAAUUUUAAGCCACUUGGCAAUUUGAGAAGCCUUGUUUUGGCUGGAAUGGAUUUAACUGACAUCCCCGGGAAUGCCUUCGUUGGACUCGACAAUCUCGAAAGCCUCUCUUUUUACGACAAUAAGCUGGCCAGAGUUCCCCAGAGAGCCCUGCAGAAACUACCUAAUCUCAAGUUCUUGGACCUAAAUAAGAACCCGGUGCACAAAAUCCAGGCAGGGGAUUUCAAAAACAUGCUGAGACUAAAGGAGCUUGGCAUAAACAACAUGGGGGAGCUGGUCUCCAUUGACCGUUACGCACUGGACAACCUCCCAGAGCUCACCAAGCUGGAGGCCACAAACAACCCCAAGUUCUCCUUCAUCAACCAACAGGCGUUCCACGAUGUACCAGCCCUGGAGAGCCUCAUGCUGAACAACAACGCCCUGAAUGCCCUGUACCAGUCCACCGUCGAGUACCUGCCCAACCUCCGGGAGAUCAGCAUUCACAGCAACCCGCUGCGCUGCGAUUGCGUUAUCCAGUGGAUGAGCUCCAACAAAACCAGCAUCCGCUUCAUGGAGCCCUUGUCCAUGUUCUGCGCCACGCCGACAGAGGCACGGGGGCAGCAGAUUAGGGAGGCGCUACAGAGAGACUCUGUGGAACAUUGUCUGCCCAUGAUCUCCCACGACAGCUUUCCCAAUCAUCUCAACCUGGAUCUGGGCAUGACCGUGGACCUGGACUGCAGAGCCAUGUCCCAGCCCGAGCCCGAGAUCUACUGGGUCACUCCUCUGGGGAACAAGGUGGCUAUGGACACCCUGUCAGACAAAUACGCUCUCAACAAUGAGGGGACGUUGAGGAUCUCUCACAUUCAGGUGGAAGACACCGGCAGGUAUACUUGCGUGGCGCAGAACUCGGAGGGCGCUGACACAAGAGUGACGGCGAUACGCGUGAACGGGACGUUGCUGGACAGCACGCAGCUCAUGAAGAUCUACAUCAAGCAGACCGAGUCCCACUCCAUCCUUGUCUCCUGGAAGGUGAACUCAAACGUCAUGAUGUCCAAUCUCAAGUGGUCGUCGGCCACCAUGAAAAUAGACAACCCACACAUCACCUACACUGCCCGGGUUCCCGUAGACGUCCAUGAGUACAACCUCACACACCUGCAGCCAGCCACAGAGUAUGAGGUGUGUCUGACCGUCUCGAACAUCCACCAGCAGAUGCAGAAGUCAUGCGUCAACGGCACCACAAAGCAGGCCACCUUUGCGGUGGAGUUAUCCGACCAAGGGACUAACAUAGCCCUGGCGGCGGUAAUGGGAACCAUGUUCGCUAUCGUCAGCCUGGCCUCCUUGAGCAUGUAUGUCGCCAAGAGGUGGAAGCGGAAAAACUAUCAUCAUUCAUUGAAAAAGUACAUGCAAAAGACCUCCUCAAUUCCCCUGAAUGAGCUGUACCCUCCCCUCAUCAACCUGUGGGAGGCAGACGGCGAGAAGGAGAAGGAGGCGGUCCCGGAAACCAAACCUAGCCAGGUGGACACUACGCGCAGCUAUUACAUGUGGUGAAAGCAGGGGAUUGAAUAAUUUCAGGAGCACAAACGCAUCUUCUUUGUGUCAAAGUAAAAUAAGAAGUUUUUCUUAAAUGUUUCUUUUUCUUGUCCUAUACUUCUGUUCUUCGGGAUUUGCCCGUUUGGGGCAAACGACAAAGAGAGUUUUAGUUUAGUUUAUUGCCUUUUCUUCUAGCCCCUUUUUGACACUCAAAAUGGCAGCUUUGUUAGCUUCCUAUGGGCUCUGUAGUCACUGUGCUUGUUAUUAGUACUCGUAUCGGUUAGCACAGCAUGGGUUAUGGCAUGGAUUCAUUACGGGUACACAAUGGAGAAACUGUAUUCGGAAUCCAUUUGGACAUGUAUCUCUGGCAAAAUUCUUGGAGACUGCAGUUUUUUCUUUUUCUCCUAAGACAGUUUUACUGUUGACUGUUGUGCACUGAAAUAUAUAUUCAGAUUUCUCUAUCAACUCAAAUAUAAGCUGACAUAUACUAUGUUUAGACUUGAUAUAGUGUCUAUUGAAUAAUGUAAGCAAUUCUUAUGUAAUGUUGUAUCAGCUAUGAUUUUAUAUUACCAAACAGUACGUUUGAUUUAGAAUUUAAAUUUGCAGAGCAACAACUGUCAACCAGCAAUAGAAAUAUGAAUGUUAAAAACUAGGUUCAUAGAUGUAAGGCUUUUUACGUUUCCUAAAUAUAUUGAUUAUUUUUAUUUUGUUAGACUAUGUAAACAAUCACUAAAUUUGUUGUGGUUCACACACUGAAUAAUGUUGUUUAUUAGGAGCAAGUCAAAUAAAAUACUUAUUCCCUCC